CUUUUACUGUCUAUUUUUUGCAAUGUCUGACAAGGCCAGAUACUACUUGGAAAAGUCGUUGCCUGAGAUCAAGGAUCUCCAGGAGAAGGGCCUCUUCACCAAAAACGAGAUCAGAAUGAUCCUCCAAAAGAAAACCACUUUUGAAUAUUCAGUUGCUUCAAAUCCUAAGGUCUUGCAUUUCUUGCGAUAUAUUGAAUUUGAGAACAAUCUCGAGAAGUUGCGUUUGAAAAGAUAUAAAAGACUAUACAAGGUUGGCCUUAUAAACACCCAAAAGAAAUCCAUAAGCGACUUUAGUGGCCAACGAAGGAUAACUUUUUUGUACCAAAGGGCUACCCAGGCCUUUCCAAAUGAUUUCAACUUGUGGAAAAGUUACUUACUUUAUUUGAAAAAAGUUGGCUCAAUCAAAUUGAUUUACAAGACAUACUCGAAACUAUUGCAACUACAUCCUACCAAUAUCGACACCUGGAUCAGUGCUGCCAACUAUGAAUUCAAUGUCAACUCAAACAUAAAAAGUUCAAGAGCAUUAUUACAAAAGGGCUUGAGAUUCAAUCCUGAUUCUUUGAAACUAUAUCUAACAUAUGCUAAUUUGGAGUUGAAUUACAUUUCAAAAUUGUUAGCCAGAAGAAACUUGCUAGGUUUAAAAUCUGAAAUUCAGCAAAAAAAUGACGAAAUUUUACAAAAUGAUAAGCUUCAAAGAAAAAUAAAACACUCUCUAAACAAUGAUUUGAUCGGAGAUAAAUCAAACAACGAAAACGAACUAAAUAACGACUUCACUUCGAUCAAUUUGCCUGAAAAUAUAGAACUAGAAAACGAGCAAAUUAAUAAAGAAUUGAAUAAUUUGCCUGAUGUCGAAAUAAACAUGUUGGGUGAUCCUGAAAAUAACCCAGCUUUAAAAGGGGAUAUAUCUUUAAUUAUAUUCGAUUCAGCCAUAUCUUCAAUCUUAAAAGCUAAAAAUAUACAAUCCUAUGCAAUUUCAAAUCCAAAUUUAUUCAAGAAAAACGAAUCGGAAUUAAUUUACUCGAUUUCAAAUAAAUUCUUGAAAUUAUUCAAAAGUUUCCAGAAUUUAAACAGAGCUUAUCUUUCAAGUCAUAUAAAUCAGUAUCUUCUAAACAAAUUUCCUAACGAUAUAUACCCAAUUCAUUUAGACAUAAUCUCCUCCAUUGAUUUCUUGAUCGAUGUUAAGAAAAUUAAAUUUAAAGACAUAAUAGAAAAUUUACAAUUAUCAGUUAAUAAAUUCAUGGCGUAUAAAUCGAGGUUUAUAUCCAAUAAAGAUGAUAAAUCAAAACUAACUGAUAUGUUUGUUGAUUACAUACACCGAAACAUUACUAAUAACAAAAACUUUAAUCUAAAUCAACAAGAUAAAAAUAUAUUACAAUUAAUUAUCAAAAAAUGCCAAAUUAAUUAUUGAUCUUUCAACUAUAUAUUAUUAAUGAAUACUGAUUAACCUCUAUUUGUUUUCUAU